GAUACUUGGACGCACACAGGGCCAGAAGACCUCAGUGACAGCAGCUGCACAACCAAAGUCCCAAAUUCUUGUGGCUCCAGGCCAGGAAGCUUUAUUUCACUCCACCAGACUCAUCCCAAAUGGAAAGUCUUCUGCAGCUCCCUCAGAAAGCCUUGGAACAUGGCACGUCCUGAGCACCCUGGCAGCCCUGGCUGGACGGGACCCGUUACCCAGUGUGCUGCCAAAACCAAGCAGGAAGCACCCACUACAGACGCAGACCUCCCAAGUCCAGGACCUGGAGAAUGCUCAGAUGCCCAUAGCAGCCAGAGCUCCAAUUCCAACAUGACCACCCGGGAGCUGCAGGCGUACUGGCAGAAUGAGAAAGGCCGCUGGAAGCAUGUCAAGCUGCUCUUUGAGAUCUCUUCAGCCCGCAUCGAGGAGAGAACGGUCUCCAAGUUUGUGAUGUACCAGAUCGUCGUCAUCCAGACGGGGAGCUUUGACAGCAACAAAGCUGUGCUGGAACGGCGCUAUUCCGACUUUGAGAAGCUCCAGAAAAGCCUCCUGAAGACGUUCCGGGAAGAGAUGGAGGACGUGGUGUUCCCCAAGAAGCACCUGACCGGGAACUUCUCGCAGGAGAUGAUCUGCCAGCGCAAGCUGGCGCUCAAGGAGUACCUGGGGCAGCUCUACGCCAUGCGCUGCGUGCGCCGCUCGCGCGAGUUCGCCGACUUCCUGACGCGGCCUGAGCUGUGCGAGGCCUUCGGCUGCCUGCGCGCCGGCCAGUACCCGCGCGCGCUCGAGCUGCUGGUGCGCGUGGUGCCGCUGCAGGAGAAGCUCACGGCCCACUGCCCCACCGCCGUGGUCCCCGCGCUCUGCGCCAUGCUGGUGUGCCACCGCGACCUGGAGCGCCCCGCCGAGGCCUUCGCGGCCGGCGAGCGGGCCCUGCGGUGCCUGCAGGCCCGGGAGGGCCAUCGCUACUACGCGCCUCUGCUGGACGCCAUGGUCCGCCUGGCCUACGUGCUGGGCAAGGACUUCGUGUCCCUGCAGGGCAGGCUGGAGGAGAGCCAGCUCCGGAGGCCCACCCACCGGGGCUUCACCCUCAAGGAGCUCACGGUGCGGGAGUAUCUGUCCUGAGGCAGCCAGGCACCCUGGCAGGGAAGCCAGGUGGGCUGUGUGGGGUUCGUUUUUCAGGGGAGGGCCUGUGUGGAGCUCCGAGUUACUGGGUGAUUUUAGACAAGUCCCUGUGAUCUGUAUUGAACAGAGGUGCUCUUAGGACACCCUGGGAUCCUGCUUUUGUAUCUUAUGUUCCCUAGAUGCCAGGCUCCCUUCGUCUCAGAACCACAAAACUAGCUGUAAAAAAUGUUGGAGAGUAAUAUGAACCUCACUGAUGUUUUUGUGGGAAGCAGGAGGACAGGUUUAUAUCACAUAUCAUGGGCAAAGCACAGGUAAUAUCCUGGCAGGGGUCUUCCUCCUGCUGCCCUGGGUCUGUCUUUGCUGCUCCUACGCUUAUAAAUAGACCCACUCAGCUCAGUGAGGUAGCUCUGGCCUGAAAUCCCAGGGACUCUGGAGGCUGAGGCAGAGGAUUGUGAGUUCAAAGCCAACUUCAGCAACGUAGUGAGGCUCUAAACAACUCAGCGAGACCCUGUCUCUAAAUAAAAUUCGAAAAAGGCUGGGAAUGUGGUUCAGUGGUUGAGUGCCCCUGGAUUCAGUCCCCAGUACCAAAAACAAACAAGCAACAACAACAAAAAAACCCCAGACCCACCCAUUAUCCUAAUGUUCUGGCUCUUCCCCUUAGAAUGUAGACCUCACUUGGCAAUUCAAAAUCUCUCCUAUUGCCCCUCCUGUUCCCACACGGAACCCCUAAGGUGAAGGUUGUUUACCAUUCUUUGCAAGGUGGGAGGAGGAUAUUAAGCCAGAAAGCAAUCAUGUCAUAAGAUUCUAUGACAGGCAUUUUUAGAAAGGGACGUUGUCAAUGAUUUCUCUGGAUAGGAUGCUAGAACACAUUGCCCAAGGGUGGAUUUUCACUCAUAUGGAAGCUCUUUCUUGAAUAGCUUCCCUGGGUAAGUAGACAUAGCCAUGGAAGGAAGCAGAACAAGAAUAUUCUGGGUAGAAAAGCGAUUGAAUUCUCAACAGUUCUCCUUUUGAGGUACAAAGUUCCUGGAACUUUUUGGUGGUGUGGGGUCUACUGUCAGGAAAGGACUGCUGAGGCCUACUGUCAGGAAAGGACUCACACUAUGGACACCAGAGGCUGGUGAAGGGGAGUCUGGACCAAUGACCUGAGCUAAUGGUUCAGGCUGGUUUUGUCCAAGGUGUACUUGAGCCUGGAAGCCCCUGAAGACCUAAACUAUCUGGCCAAAAUUAUCAGGCCAGAAUUUGGGAACCUUAAUGGGGGGACACCACUGUGGCCAGUGCAGGAUUUGACCCAUGUCAAGGUAGCCGUGGACAAGCAUUCACUGAACUGCACCAAAUCUGUUCAACAGCGACACCUUGUGGCAAUCUUGUAUGGGCCAAUUGGGUUCUGAGGGUGAACUAAACAGACAGCUUUGGACAAAGCAAGCUCUUUGUUUGCUCCAGCAGAAGGACUCUGGAAGCAGGAAGAUGUUGGACUUCUUGAAAAACAGGGUAUAUGGGAAAUUAGAGUGUCAAAUGAAAAAAAAAAAUUGUGGCUGUAUUUGUAACGUUGAAGAUCAUAAUGAAACUAUAAAUUUCAUCAAAUAUAAGAUGUUCUUAGUCGUGAAAUGCACCAAAUAUUCACUAAGAAAGAAAAAAAAUGCCAAAACAUUGAGGAGUUUAAUAGGACAUUCCAGAAGACUGGGAGACCAAAGAGUUGGAUCCCCAAUAUGAGAGUCAAUGCAAGAUAAACCAACUGUAAGGGGUGGAACGUCCCUACAAAACUCAUGCUGAAAUUUAAUCCCCAUUGUGAGGUAUAAAGAGGGCUGAAACGUAAUCUGUGGUGUUUGGAGGUGGAACCUUUGGGAGGUGAUUAGGAUUAAUGAUGCCAUUAGCGUGGGAACCACAUGGUUGCACUAGCAACUUUAAAAGAGGAAGAGAGACCCAAGCUAGUACACCUGCUGUCUCACCUUGGGAUACCCUGCCCUGCCAUGGGAUUCUGCAUCCUCACCAGCAGGAAGGCCCUCACUAGAGCAGCCCCUAGACUUGGGGCCUCCAGAACCAUGAGCUGAAUAAAUAUUUAUUCUUUAUAA